AACAAGUGAAUAGAAACGGAGAAAAUACACUCACCAGACAGUUUAUUAUAUUACCCCUCUAGUACCGGGUCGGACUCCUCCUUUCCCUCCAGAACAGCCUGAAUUCUUCGGGGGAUUAUACAAGGUGUCGUAAACGUUCCACAGCGACGUUGGUCCGUACUGACACGAUAGCAUCACGCAGUUGCUGCAGACUGGGCGGCAGGUACAUUCAUGCUGUGAACAUCCCGUUCCAUCUCAUCCCAAAGAUGUUCUAUUGCAGAGGUAGGCAACCCUGUUCCUGGAGUGCUGCAGGGUUUUUUAACCAACUAGGCCCCACACCUGACCAACUACGCUAAUUGAUCAGGUCAGUAAUUGCUUAAAUUCAACAGACCUGAACUUCCACGUCAGUUAACUCAAAAACAUGGGCCAGGGUUGCCUACCUCUGCUCCAUUGGUUGAGGUCUGGGGACUGCACGGGCCAUUCAAGUAAACUGAACUCGCUGUCAUGUUCCAGGCAAUGUUUUUCCACUCUUCAAUUGUUUAGUGUUGGUGAUGGCGGGCCCUCUGGAGCCGCCGCUUCUUGUCUUCAGAUGAUAGGAGUGGAACCCGGUGGGGUCGUCUGCUGCAGUAGCCCAUCCGUGACAAGGAUUAACAAGUUGUGCAUUCCCGAGAUGCCGUUCUGCGCACCAGUGUUGUACGGCGUUGUAAUUUGUCUGUUUGUAGCCCGCUUGCACGAUUCUUGCCAUUCUCCUUUCUCGUCAACGAAACUGCCGCUGACUUACGAUCAUUCCACGCUCAGUCGCUUGGGUCACUCGUUUUGCCCAUUCUAACUUUUCAUUCGACAGUAACUGAAUGUCUCGAUGCCUGUCUGCCUGCUAUAUAUAGCAAGCCACGGCCAUGCGACUCACUGUCUGUAGGAGCGAUUCAUUUUUGUGGACACGGUGGUGUACCUAAUAAACUGGCCGGUGAGUAGAACAGUGAAAAGACAAACGGGGGAAUAUAACUUCUAGUCAAAUGUAUUACUUAGUCUCGUUUGACAUCAAGUGAAAAUUUGACUUAAACCGAAGUUAGGAUUUCCCUCAAUCUGUAGCCUGAUCUGUCUAGAUUUGUUUGCGCUCUAGCCAACUACGCUAUCAUUAGUUGUCUUACCAGACAAUUCUGAACGUGAUAAAUAAGGCUGUUUACAUAGGCAGCCCAAUUCUAAUAUUUUUUUUUUCCACUAAUUUGUCUUUUGACCAAUCACAUCAGCUCCUUUCACAUCAGCUCUUUUUCAGAGCGGAUCUGAUUGGUCAAAAGAGCAAAUAGUGAAAAAAUAUAUAAAUCGAGCUGCCCGGUGUGAAAGUAGCUCAUUUUGGCGGAAGCACAGACCGAUUUUUAAACCAGGUUCGAAUUCAUUAGGCACGAAACUGAAGAAAAGGGGCUGAAACCUAGGACAACCUGGACUCUUCCAAUACGAAAUGCUCGUUUUCUGUUGCUCCAAAAAAGUUUUUGCUACGAUGUGCACUAAUGAAUAUGAGGCUAACUUAGUUCUGCUCAGGGGGGGAUACUGGAAAUGCUGACAUUGGACAAACAGUGCAUCUCAGUCAGUGUAGCCCUUUAGGCACGACGCGGUACAAUCUCCAGACACACUAUAAAUGGAAUGCACAGACACAGCACAACAUCACUCCAAUCAAGUUAGAUUUCCACGUAGUUGUACUGCUCUCUGAUGAGUUUAGCGAGGUACUGUAUCUGUUUCUUUAAGAGGUUAGAGUUGGGAGAACGGUAACGUUAUGUAACUAUCAAUUCUUCUAGUUCUUGUGACUUCUCUCUUUCCUUGGUUGGCGUUUUACUGAAUAUAUGAGCAUGAUCUUUCCAUCUCUUUUUAUAUAUAUAUAUAUAUAUAUAUAAAACAAUGAUUCCUGAUCACUACUGUUGAUUGGAAUGAUUCAGAUCGGUUUACAGAAGCUGGCUCUAGGAUGAUCCAACCAAUGACCGUCCUCUCACCAAACGUUGUCGUCAUUCGGUCUGUUUUUGUCUGUGAUCGGCUCCAACCUCAAGUGAAGAUGUGCAGGUUGUUGUCGAACACCGAGUGGUUGAUUUAAAUGUUGGGUUUUUACUUUUAUCAUGGGAGGGCGGAACAAGGAGGAGGGGGUUGAGAGUUGUGUUGGCUCUGUAAUUGUUUUGUUUUUUAAGACCGAUACCAAGAGACUUGGCCACAGAAUGUAUGUUACUGUACGUCUUUGAGAAGGAGAGUGGUCUUGACGAUUUGCAUCUUCUGAUUGCGCUGCUAGUGCUUUGUCAUGUGGGGGAAUAGGGAUGGGAUCGGGGAUAUAGAUUUGUACAUGGAGGGGAGAAAUGAUGGAACAGAGGCUAAAGUGUGUGACGAAUGAAGACUGAAGAAUGAUGAGAGGAAAAAGAGAUGUGAAUCGCUGUUAGGAGACCGGGCUGCUGAGAUGGAGCGUUCCGAGCCUGGAAGGUGUCAACUGGACUGCAUGGACUCAAGUACUCUCUCCAGGAUGUCAGUGGCCCGGUCUAGCCCGGGUACCCCUGAUCGACCUUCCGCCCCCGGGCCCCUCCAGGCACCUCUCGGCCCUGCCUUGGUCCAGUUCCAGCUAGGCCUCUUCAGGGAGGUGGUAUGGGUGCCUAGAGGGCAGCUCAGCUUUCACCACGCCAAGAGACUGGCGGCAGAGAUCAUAGAACGCAAGGCUCCAGACUGCAGUGUGGUGGGUGUAGGGGAGAAGGUCCUCCUGUUUAGACACCAGCCUGGCUCAGAACACCUCCUCCACAGACUCACAGACCAGGAUCCACUGCUGGACGGAGACCUCAUAGAGGUCAUCCUCUCAGGAUCAGCUGCUGUGACGGAGAUGAAGAUCCGCCCACACACCCUGGCUGUCCAAUCGUAUCGCACCCCCACCUUCUGUCACCACUGUGGUGAGAUGCUGUGGGGACUGAUGCGUCAAGGGUUAAAAUGUGAAGGUUGUGGGUUAGACUUCCAUAAGCGCUGUGCGCUGCAGUUGCCUAGUGACUGUAGCCGCGCACGGCGUCGUGUGUGUGGCCCCAGCCUGUCCCUGUUCCCCCCUGGCAGGCCCCGGACGCACUCCCUCUCCACACCUGCAGGAGGCAGUCUAGAGGAGAUCAGCAUGUCCAAGCCCAGGUCCAGACCCCCGUCAUGGACAGAUCACCCGGUGUGGCUGGGGGUGGGCCAGGGAAAGGAUGGUGAGACGGGCAGGGCCAGGGUGCCCCACACCUUCCACAUCCACAGCUACACCAAGCCUACCGUGUGCCAGCACUGCCGCCACCUCCUCAAAGGCCUCUUCCGCCAAGGCCUGCAAUGCACCGACUGUAAGCUGAACUGCCAUCGUCGCUGUGAGAGCUCCCUGGUCCCCGCGGACUGUCCUGGAGAGAGGAGGAACACCAAUGGGGAAGGAGACUCAGUGUCCAGUCUCGGCUACAAGAACGACACAGAGGAUGAUGAGGAGGAUAUGAGCUUGAGUUUAACAUCACUAGAAGACGAUGACGACGAGCCAUCUACCGAGGUUCCAUUUGCUGAGAACAAGGAAGUGGGACAUCAGCCACCAAUCCUUCCAUGUUUCAGUAGUUAUAUUCCUCUAAUGCGGGUAGUCCAGUCAGUCCGUCACACUAAAAGACAGGCCAGUGGAGUACUGAGAGAGGGUUGGCUACUCCAUCACACCAACACUGACACACUGAGGAAACGGCAUUACUGGAUAUUGGACUGGAAGAGUAUCACUCUGUACCAGAACGAGAUCAACACCAAGUACUACAAGGAGAUUCCUCUAUCUGAGGUGCUGCAGGUACGAGGCCCCGCCCAGUUGUCUGUCCCCUUGUUGCCCGGCAACAGUGCCCACUCCUUCGAAGUGGUGACGGGCACGCUGGUGUACUGUGUGUUGGCGGGCCGGGACGGGCAGGCCUGGGAGACCGCCGUACGCCAGGCUCUGAUGCCCGUGCUGAACAGUGGGCAGGUGGACAAACUGGGACAAGACCAUGAACCCCAGAGUGGAAAAAGCCCGGAUGUCAGCUCAGUGUAUCAGAUCUUCACUGAUGAGGUGCUGGGUUCAGGACAGUUUGGAGUGGUGUAUGGAGGCACCCACAGACAGUCUGGUCAGCCAGUGGCCGUCAAGGUCAUCGACAAAACCCGUUUCCCUACCAAACAGGAGAGACAGUUGAGGAACGAACAGGCAAUUCUACAGAAUCUGUCCCACCUCGGUAUAGUUCUACUGGAGGGCAUGUUUGAGACCAUGGAGCAUGUAUUCAUUGUCAUGGAGAAGCUCCAUGGAGAUAUGCUGGAGAUGAUUCUGUCCAAUGAGAAGGGCCGACUGCCAGAGCGCACCACACGUUUCUUGGUUACACAGAUUCUAGAGGCCCUGCGCUACCUGCACUUCAAACACAUCGCUCAUUGUGACCUGAAACCUGAGAAUGUACUGCUGGCCUCCCCAGACUCUUUCCCUCAGGUAAAGCUGUGUGACUUUGGUUUUGCCCGCAUCAUCGGCGAGAAGUCGUUCCGCCGGUCGGUGGUGGGCACGCCGGCCUACCUGGCACCCGAGGUCAUCAGUAGCCAUGGUUACAACCGCUCGCUGGACAUGUGGGCGGUGGGUGUGGUCCUGUACGUCAGCCUGAGCGGAACGUUCCCCUUCAACGAGGACGAGGACAUCAGACAACAGAUCACCAACGCUGCCUUCAUGUACCCCCGCCUGCCCUGGUCUAACAUCUCACUAGAGGCGGUGAGUCUUAUCAACAACCUGCUCCAGGUUGCAGUAAGGUGUAGGUUCAGUGUGGGAAAAGCACUGGGACACCCCUGGUUACAGGACUUCCAGUUGUGGUGUGACCUGAGGGAGUUUGAGAAGAGAAUGGGCUGCAGGUACCUGACCCACGAGGGGGACGAGGACCGCUGGAGAUGCCACGCCUUGGACAGGGGCCUGGUCUUCCCCUCUCACCUCACCUGGACCCCUGGGCACGAUGACAGCAUGUGACCCUAGGCCCAAAUGUCAAAGGUGAAGGGUCGGACAAGAUGGCUUCUGGACUACUGGUGUGUUUCAGUGGUGUUCAGCAUAAACAACUGUCUGGAUGCUGUUAGUGGACGGUGGAGUGGAGUCUGUUUUUAUAGCAGUCUCGUAGAAAAAGAUCACUGGAAGAGAUGACGACUCCGGAUUCGGACACAGUGACAAAUCCUGGACUUUAUGGUGCCCUAGUUGUGCCAGCUCUUGUAGUGGUUAUUUUUUAAUAAAUCGUAAUAUUAAGA